AUGUGUUUGCAAGCGAAGAAGAGCUCCUGCGCCAUGGCCUCUGAGAGUCGCUUUAGCUCGCGGGGGUCGUCGCCGCCUCGGCGAAGUCUCUCAGCGCGCGCCUCGCGGCCGCUGUCUCUCUCGCCGCCGCGCGACUCGGGGCGUUCGUCGUCAUACGGCUACUCGUCCCUCGCGGCGGGCAGCGGGUCGUUUUCGGCGCCUCCGCCGCCAGGCUACAGCCGCUUCGAGGCGCCGCCAGCCGCCGCCUCCGCGUCGCUCUAUCCGCCGCCGUUUCCCUCGGCGGCGUACCAUGUGGCGGAGGACGACGGCGCGCCCGAGCGCGGCGGCAAGCGCCCCUGCGUGCUCACGGCGCACCACAAGUAUCCUCUCCUGCCGUCGUCGACGCACCCAGGGCCGCGCCCGCUCCCCGGCUACGGCCGCGCGGCGGCGAACGCGGACGUGUUCGCCUCCUCGCCCCCCUACCCUCCGGGGCCUUACUCUUCGUUUGCGGGCUUUCCGCAGGCGCGGCGCGCCGGCGGCUCCUGCACGCUGAAGCCUUCGCCGAGCUUUCUGACAGAGACUGCGAUGGAGCGAGACGACGCGCGCCCGGAGGACGCGCACUGGGCCGCGAGCGGCAGCCGAGAGCGGAGAGAGCGCGAGAAAAGCAGAAGUCGCAGCGUGAGCAACAUUAGCAGCCGUAGCGCGUGCUCGCUCUCUCCUCCGCGGCAGAAGUCUUUCUCUUCCUCUCCUCUAAGUCUCCACCUUGGGGCGGCCGCGCGCAUGCGCGACGACCGAGUGUGCGGCGAGAGAGACACGGGCUUCGACGCGCGCCGGGGCGAUCGGGAACGCCUUUCGGCGCUCUCGUCUGUCGCGCGCGGCGAGCGGAAACAAGAGGCCGCGGAGGGGCGUGAGGAUGGCAAAGAGAAUUCGGGCCGCCACGUCGCCGAGGGCGACGAGCGACACCCGGUCGUCGAGAAAGCGGGGAGGGCUGCGGCGAGCGGCCGCGGCCCUGUCGGCGGGUCGGAGGGAGCGCUGGAUCUCUCGCCUGCGGACAAGAGAGCCGAAGAGAAGGCCGGCCGCCAGACAGGAGGCGCAUCCGCCUCGUCUGCAGCGGGAAAAAAUGCGCGCGCAGCGCUUUCGCCCGCGAGGGCGCGAAACGUCGGAGACGCUUCCGACGGCACCAGAGGCGGCGACCGCAGCGGAGGCGCCGCGGGGCACGACAGCCACGAAACGGAGGACGCUGGAGCGUCUGCGUCCCUCCGGACGCUCCCUCCCACCCCGACGGAGGGCAAGCGGACGCCGCGGCGGUCGCUGUCGCCUGCGUCGCGGGCCUCCUCGACGUCUUUUCUCUCGGACUGUGAACCGGGCGGCGGCAGGGCGGAGGAAGGUCCGCGGGGGGCAGAGCGCGAGGGGCGCGACCCAGGGGGGGGGGCGGGGGGGGGAGCCUUCGGCUGCCUGAGCCGCAGAGACUCCUUCUCGAAGAACGCCGGCGGGCAGCGGGGAGGCGGCGGCCGCCGCGAAGGGGGGCUGCCGCCGCCCGCGGGCGGGUGCCUCUUUUCGCCGUCCGCUGUGACCGCCCUCGUCCCUACGGGGGCCCCGCGACGCCGGCGCCAGAGACGGCGGGAGGGCUUCCGCGGCUCGCGGUCGCGGUCGCUCUCGCCGUCUCUGGCGCCGGCGUCGCGGGGCCCCCGUAGGGACGAGGGCGGGGAGGCGGAGCAGCGGCCGCUGCGCGACGCCGACCUGGAGAAGCCAGCGGGCGGCCCGCGCAGAUUCAACUCCGACCUCGACAAGAACGGCGCGUCGCCCGUCGCCGCCGCCGCCGUGGCGCGCGAUCUCGCAGACGGCCGCCGGCCGUCGCUCGAUGACAGACGAAGCUCCCUCAGCCCGGACGGCUACCUCCCCCCGUACAGCGAAGACGCGCCGCUGGGGGCGUCGCGCGAGCGCGGCUUUUACCUCGGCGCGGACGGCCGAGGCGGGGGCGCUGCAGGCUCGCGCCUCAGCAGCAGCAGCAGCUCGGGGGUCGGCUCCAGGGACAGGGGCGAGCGGGCUGGCGCCUACGGGUAUCCGCCGUUCUCCUCUUCGUCCUCUUCCUCCUCUUUCGUUGGGCCUCGCGCUGAAGAGCGCGGCCGCCGCCGCGGCCGCCUGCCGGAGGAAGAUGCGCCGCUGCCGUCGACGUCCUUCUCCCCCGGCGCUGCGCCUCUGCACAGUGUGGGGUCGGGCGCAGGCGGCUCGACUCGGACGGGGGGCUCGGGGCGCGGCGGCGGCGGCGCGGCCUUUUCGUCGGCGCGGCCUCUUUCGGCUUCGCCCCCGCCGGACGGGCCUCUGUACCCGCCGCGGCCCUCGACGCUUCCGCGGAUCCUUCCGCCGCCGUUUUCGCCUUCGUUUUCCCCCGGGAAGAGCCGCGCAGCCGCCGUCCCCCCGUUUCCUUCGUCCGUCUCCUCGCGGCCGCUGCUCUCGCCGCCAGGCAGCUUCCCCACGUCGCUGUCCUCGCCGCUGCUCCCGACGCCCGACACGCGCGGCCCCGUGUUCGGAUCUUCCUUCUCGCCGCCCUUCUCGUCGCCGGCUUUCCCUCCCGCCCCGGGCUCGCGCCUCUACCCGCCCGUCGAGGGACGCCGAGGCGACGAGGGCGACGAAGACCUUCCCCCGCUGCACGCGGCACACCGACGCAGGCGCCUGCCGUCGCCCGCCUAUGGGCACGCAGACGGAGUGUGCGGAGGCGACGAGGCCGAGGGGCGGGAGCGUCGCCCGCGACGCCUCUCGCCCUCUGCCUCGCCGUCUCCCGCAGCGGGCGUCUUUCUGCCGACGUCCGCGUUCGCCGUUGGGGGGCGUAGAAAGGCGACCUUCGACAGAUGCGGAGGAGGAGGAGGCAGACGCGGACUGGAGGCGGAGGAAGGUAAGCGAGCUGCGCAGCCAGACGUAGAGGGAGACUGCAGCGGGUUCACCAAUACAGAUCUGCUUUUCGCACGGGUGACGUCUUCUCGCGGGCCGCCGCGCGUGGAGAGCUGCGUCGAGCUCGUCACACGCCCCGGGGGGGGGGCGCCUAGCCGCCGAGGAGACGCGCUGGGCGGCGGAGGGGACGAAGAGGAGAACGGGAAAAAGAUGCGCCUCGCCGACGACGGCCCUGCAGGGGAGGGCGGUGGACGCGCACUCGAGCUCCGCGGCGCCGCGCGGCGGGAGACUCACCAUCGGGGCGGGAGAGCUGGCGACCCGCGCGACCGGGUGAUGCGAAACCAAGACGACGCAGGCCGAGGUGAGAGAGAACGAUCCCCCAGCAGCGGUCGCGAAAAGAGGCGGAGCCGCAGCCUCCUCCCCUCCGCCGGCGACGCAGAAGGGCGAGACGGCAGGCGUCGCCUCUUCUCUCCCGCGGAGGCGAGAGGCCACGAGUUCUCCGCUCUGGGCGACGGGGUUGCCGAGAGAGGCACGCGAGCCGCGAGGACUCGCGAGAAGACCGACCACCAGGCGGGCGCACGCCGUCGCAGACUCUCCUCGCUCUCGCUGCUGUCGUCGCCCUACAACUCGCACAACCGGAGGGCCAGAAAGCGAGGCGAGCGCGAAGACGCCCGCGAGGAGUGGAGACGCGAGCAAGAAAUAGGAAAACCGCCAGGGGGAAGGGAGGAGACAGAGCGAUCGACGCAGGCCUGGAGGCGCGCUUCGCACUCGCGCGUCUCCUCGCUGUCCCCCGCGGCUCGCGACAGCUGCCAAAGAGAGGACGACCUGGAGGAACGAACUAGCGGCGAGGGAGAGGGAGAAAGACACAACGGCACCGGCGAAGCAAGACGAAGGUCGGCUGACUCCGAGAGCGCAAGAAAGCAGAGAGGAGCGGCGCUCCCUCGAAGCAGAAGAAGUUCGUCCUCUGUGCACCCGCGAGACAAGGAAGAUGCGAGAGGAGAAGACGGCGCUUGGAGACCUCGAACUGCGUCUGCGGCGCGUCUCGCGGGCGCCAAGGAGCCUCACCGGGGCGAGAGAGACGACGACGAUAGAGAGGGAGAGAACAGGUCCCCGCUGAGCGACAGAAAGACUGACGAAAAACCGAGGCAGAAACUCGAUGAAGAGGCGAGGGAAACACCGCUACCUGGAGAUCCGUUCGCUCGACGCGGGAGAGAGAAGCGAGGAGAAGCUCGAGAGAGACGAAGAGACAGCGCCGAGGCGGCCGCGGCGCCCGCUGCUCUGCGGAAGCGAGAAGGAGACGACAGGGUGAGCAAGGAGAAGAGAGGGGCGCUGCUUUCCCGCUGCUCGUCGUCUUCUCUCUCGUCUUCCAGCGCCGAGGGAGAGGGUGGCGCCAGAGGAGGAGAGGCGAGAGGCGUGCGCAGCAACCGAGAGAGAGAAAACAGAAAACGCAGACGAGGUGAAGACCUAGGCGGAGAUAGAGACGACGGCUCCUCCUCGGCGUCGUCUGCGCGCGGCGACGAGCGAGUCUCUGUGCGAGGAGGACGCGGCGCUGCAUCCCCAAAGGGAGAAGAAAGGGAGCGGAGAAGUGGCGCAGACGCGAAAAGACGGCGCGAGGAAGACCGCGCGUCACCGGAGGCCCGAAGAGAUGCAUCGAGGAAGCCGUACAUGACAAUUCGCCGCAGCGGCGACGCGCGCGAUGAAGACAAACUGACUGGCAAAGUGAAGGCGCGCUUGGCGGGGGAAGGCGAUAGUAAGGGCAACAAAGCGCUUGCGAGCGAGGAAGGGCGGAGGCGAAGUCUCCUUGAUCGUGAAAACGACGAUUCCUCGCCUGCGUCGCUGCCGCUUUCCGCAGCUGAAGAGCGCGAGCGCAGGCUGCUGCUCCAGGAGCGCCGACGCAGCUUGUUUGAGAAGCAGAAGGAGGAGCGGGCGCGGCUUCCCUCUUCGUCAGCAUCUUCGCGGCUGCCAUCGCUUGAGCGGCGCCGCGGCUUCGAGGGUUUGGGCCUGAAGCGACGGCGCGACGCGGAGGAGGCGUCCGGCGAAAGAGAGAGAGAAGACGAGAGAAGAGAAAGGCGCGGCUCGCUGCGCUGCCGCUCGCCCUCGCCCGCCUCCUCCAGCUCGCGGCAGACGGGCGUCGAUGGCUGCGCCUCGUAUCGGCCUCCUGCAGGUGGGGUGCGGGAGAGAGAGCGGCGUGUGUCUGGCGGCAAGCGAGCCGAGGGCGCGACCUCCGCCUUGAGAGCUCCUCUGGAUCGAGUGAGAGACGAAGAUCGCUGCGACCCGCGGAGAGGCGAAGAGGGCGACGAAUUCCACUCGCCUCGUUCCGUCACGGACGGCGACGCGAAGCAGCUGCUGGCGCGGAGAGGCCGGUCGCCGAGUCCGCUGCUGCCUCACCCCUCGCGGCUUUCACUUGCCUCUUUUCCACGCUUCUCUGGCGCCGGCGCGUCCUGCUUCGACAAGGAUCGGGGCGACGACGAGUUUGCCCAGAAUGAACGCGAGCGAGAGCGGCGGCGAGACUGCGAGGACGCCGCGAAGGCGAGCGAGGGACGUGGAGAGCCCUUCUCGCCUUCUUAUGCGCCCUCGAUGGUGCGGCAGCACUCGCCCGCGCUCGCCUACCUGCGCGUCUCCUCCCCCUCGCGCUUCCACGGCGAUCAUGACGAGCUGCCUCCCCGAGGCGACAGGCGCCGGGGGGGGUCGGCGGGCUGCCCCGUGUCGCCCUCGUCGUUUUCGAUCUCCUUCGCGCGCGGGCGCGGCUUCAGAGACGCGGAGGGCUGCGGCGGCGAUGGCGACGCGGACCGCGGCAUCGGGCACGCGUCGCCGUCGGCGCGAUGCGCUGACCACGGCGAGCGAGACGCGCGAGGCAGAAGCAGCGAGGAAGGUCGAGAGGCGCAGGCGCGGGGGAGCUGUCCGUCCUCGUCCCUUGCGCGCACGCGCCUCUACUCGCCGCGAGAGGGUCGUCUGGGCGGAGGAGGAGGAGGACAUCGGGGGCAAUCCUUGGAGCGCCGAGAGAGCGGCUUGCGCGACGACGAGUUCCUGCGAGGCGACGGGAAGGCGGCCGCCGCGUACGACGAGUUCGUGGGCGGCAGGACGGUCUCGGCGUCGUCGCUCCCGCGCGAGGACGCGUACGAGAGCUUCCCUACGCAGGCGCGCCGCUCGCCAGGGAGGAGGCCGCUGGGAGCGCGCUGGGGGCGGGACGACGACUGCGGCCUCGGCGAGGAGGAGGACGACGUGCGAGGCCGCUGCCGGCGCGACCGCGAAGACCGAAGAGACGCGAACGAGAGAGAAGACGGUGACGAGGAGAGGUUCAAGAUGGCUGAGCGCCGCCGGCGCUUCAACGAGCUCAAGCUCUCCUCCCUCGCGUCGUCCUCCUUCUCCUUCGCGUCCUCCGGGCGUGGCCGCAGCAAGUCGCCCGCCGCCUCCUCGCCCGCGGCGGCGGGAGGCAAAGCUGCCGCCCCGCGCGGGUUCUCGGCGGCGGCCUCCGGCGACGAUCUCCGCGCGUCGCCGCCGCGAGCCUCCGCCUCCUCCUCCUCUGCCUCCGCCUCCUCCUCCUCUGCCUCGCCUCGCGGAGCGCUCCUCCGCCGAAGCUCCGACGAGGGCCUCUGUGGGGAGCUGCUGCCGGAUGGCGUGCCGAGGCGCGAGCGCGACUUCAGCGAGGAGGCGCGGAGGGACCUGCGAGACGACGCGUGCGCGCCCGCCCUCUCUCGUCUGCGAGAGCGAGAGCGGGACGCGCCUGUUGCAAAGCUCCCCUCCGGGGGCCGCUGGAACGCGGACGGCCUGGAGGCUAGGCGCGCGCGGCGCCGAGCGAAUGAGGAGGACUUCGCCGAGCGAGACAGAGACGAAAAGGAGGCCUUCUUCGCGACGAGUCGGGGCGAAGACCGCGCCCGUGGAAGAGCCCUGCCUCCCGGCGAGCAAGGCCUCCUCGGCCCCCCCCUGCGUUUGUCGCUCCCCACGGCGCGUUCGCCAAAGGAGGGCGAACGGGGCGAGCGGGAAAAGACAGCGAUGGGUGUCUCGCGCGUCUGUCGCCGUCUGCGGCUCUUCUGCUGCGGAGCGUCGCCCCGCCGUUCCCUCCUGCCCCCCCCUCUCACCCCUGCAUGCUGUCCCAUCGCGCUCGCUGCAGCGCCCGUCUUCCUGCCCGUCCCCAGCGCACCGCUUCCGCCUUCUUCGCGCCCUCCGCCGUCCUCCUUCUCUUCGUUCUCUUCCUUCUCGUCGUCCUUCGCGUCUCCCGCAUCCGCGCCGCCGCUGCUGCCGCGGCCGCCCUCGCCGCUGCGGGCGGGGUCGGGGCGCGAGGGCUUGUCAGAGGCCUUCGCGCCGCCAGACCACCCUUUGGGCGCGAAGGGCUCUGCGGCGGUGGAUCGCCUCAGUCUGUCCCCCUCUGCGGGGCUGCAGCCCCCGCGGGCUUUCUCGCCCGCGGGCCCGUCCCCGCGCUCGCAUCCGGCCUCUUCCUUCCACGCGCCGGGCGCGUUCGCGGGGGCGUCUUCGCUUCAGGGCUCGGCACUGCCCGGCGCGGCGGCAGCGGCGGCGGUGCCUCCGCGCAUCCUCCAACGCGAGCUCUCCGAGGAAGAAAAGGAGCGCGCGAGCCGCGCGCGCGCUCCAAUCGCUCUUGACGUUCCCCUCGCCGCCCUGUGGGGCGGCGCGACUGGAAAGCCCUGCUUCGCCCUGCCCCCGGUGCCCGAAAGCGGCGCCGUGGAGCACGCGAACUUCCUCCGCCUGAUCAGAUCCCGACGCGAGGCCAAUCAGAGGUGGAAAGUCUCCAUGCGUGAAGUGCGUCAGAGAGAGUUCUUUCAAGGUGUCGCAGCGCUUGAGCAAAUUGAACGCAUCAACGCCGAGCUCCAUUGGCUCGGUCUGGCGGCGCAGGCGAUCGGCGCGGCUGUCGUCGGCGCGCGUUCGUCGCCGACUUCGGCGCCGGCUCCCGAAGGAGCGCCGCCGUCCACGGCGCGCCCGCCCGCGUCGCCUCGUUCCGCCUCUUUCGGCGCGCUGUUUUUCCCUUCGCAAGCGGCUGCGGCUUCGUCUUUGGUCUCUCCCGCGGCUGCUGCUGCCGCGAAGAACGAAUCCGAGAAGACGCACGAAGCAAAGCAGGAAGAAGGCGGAAAUGCGGCGCGGAGCGAGGGCAAUGACAGCAGAGAGACCGCAGAGGCACAAGCCAAGAAAGCGAAUCACGAAGAGGAAGCGCAGAGCGACUUGAAGCCGGAGAGGACGCUGUAA